AUGUCUUUUUCCACGGUGUCCCGACUCGCCGGCCACAGCGCCAAGCGACUUUGCCUCCGGCCAGCUCGAUCCGUCAUCUCGCGACCCAUCUCUACGACAGCUAUUCGGAGAUAUGCCGAGCCUCACGAUGUUGGCAUCAAGCUUGUCCCCGUAAACGAGAGCUUUUCCAACUCGAAUGACCCCCACGGCGAGCACUUGGAAGCCCAGGCCACAAAGUCGCGCGAAGAGGUCGAGGACCGAAAGAUCCGCCACUACACCGUCAACUUUGGUCCCCAGCAUCCCGCCGCCCACGGCGUGUUGCGGUUGAUUCUCGAGCUGAGCGGAGAGGAAAUUAUUCGUGCCGACCCCACGUCGGCCUGCUUCACCGAGGCACCGAGAAGCUGA